AUGCAAGUCUAUCUCCCUGAAUAUGACUUCACCGAUCUCGAGGACGAAAUUGAUCUGCCCGAGAUGCCCCGUAAGUCUUUCUUCAUUUUUAUAACUCAUUGCAUUUCUCCGCUUAUAUAACUUUUCUUCAAAAUGUGAAUUUACAGAGAAGAAGACAAAAAAACGAAACAUCUUCGUUCGUACCUACCGCCGCGUCGUGAAUCGCAUGCUGGCCAUCUUUGCUGGGCCACCACCGGAGUACUUUGAAGACAUGCGUACUCUGCGCGAAGCCGAGGCGGCAAGGGCCGCCGAACUGGAGGAGCAAGCCAGGGCCGCCGAGGACGCUGAGGCUGUCCGGCUGACUGAGGCCGCUCUGGCCGCUGAAGCUACUCGGCUGGCUGAGGUCGACUUGGCCGCUGAAGCUGAUCUGGCUGCUGGAGCUGCCAAGGCUGCUGCGGAGGCUAAGACCGCCGUCGACGAGGCCAAGUUUGAGGACGUUGAGGACGAGGCCGAUGAGGCUGAAGACACGCACGUCAACGACUACUAUCGCGGUGUUGCUGAGGACAUCGAAAAUGUGUCUUCGGUGCCUUCCGACGACGACGUCUUCGCUCUUCCUCUGCCUCGCAUCUGA